AUGAGCAUUCUUGACGUUAACUUUGAAGCCAUAGGUGAAUCUUCACGCGUUUCUUCAGCGCCUUCAACUCCACGGGUCGACAAUGUUGAACAUUUUAUUUUGGCCGAUUUUGAAAAUUAUUGCAACCCAACGGAAAGAAAUACCGAGGAAAAACCUCAACUUGUGAACACGAAUAGUGAUGAAACAACUGACAUACUAACUCCUGAAGAACUGUCCGAAAAUCUGGACGGUGGGCUAAAUGUAAAUCAACAAUUAUGGCUGGAUAAUUCACGACACACAAAGAACGAAGCACUGGACAAUGCAUUAAACUUAAGUCCAAGUUUAUACUCAAACAACAAUCAAGUUCCCAUACAAAUGGACAGUGAAGGACAACAUUACCUAACUAUUAAAGAUUCCAAUUCUGCUGCCAUGGAAAGUCCUACAAAAAUCUCAUGGUCAAAUAUCCCAAUUCAUCCUGAAAGAUCUUCUGAAUACAUGGUUAGAGGAGGAAAUCACUUCCCAAGCUUGCAUGGAACGGUAAAUACGAGUGUAUUGGAGAAAGCUCGGCCAAUCUCCAGCACCUGGUCUGAUCCGAACGACCACGAGGUCGCUAAUUAUUUGGCCGAAGUUGUAACAGUCCCUCAAGUUUAUUCUCAGGCUCAACCGAAUCAUUUGCGAGUAGAAUUAGGGAACGAUGGACAACAAUACAUGAUCGUAGAUGGGAAGUAUUUCAGCGAAAAUGCUCAAGAUAUGGGUGCAUUUCAAUUAGGUAGCAACAACCAGUACUAUCUUACGGGAACGCAGUUAAUGGCCGAAUACCCGACUAUAAGCCAUUCAGCUGCAACCCAGUCAACAUCCACAGCCAGUGCUAGCGCAUGCACGCUGAAUGUCAUCAAUCAAAUGGGUAUUUUUCAGAACUACAAUGAGAACGAGACAGAAGUGAUUGACAAAGACGUCUUGGAAGAGCAGAAACGAAAAGAACAGAUGCAAAUAAGAAGGCGGGAGAAGAACAAAGACUGUAGUCGAGCGUUCAGAAGAAAUCAAAAAGAAAAGGAGCGCAAGCUGAGGGAGGGAAGAAUCGAAAAACAGGCACGGCUCAAGGAGCUCAACAAAAAGAACGAUAACUUUAUCCGCAUGCUUUCCAAGGCUGCUCUACAAGGCUGUGAAAAAGCUAAGGGAAUCGCAGCAACGAGUAUGGAAACAUGGAAUAAAGAGAACAAUUCCUUCGGUGGACUUUCCGCGAACAUGUAAUCUGGCGAGGAAGGACAAAGAAUGGACGAUUUCGUGAUUGAUCCUCAUUUGAUUUUAUUCAUAACUAAUGAAGAAAUUAUACUACGAAGGCUUUGGAAAAUCAAUUUAAACAAAUUCUAAAUGUUACGUCAUGCAAUUUGCAGACCAACCGUACACGGGUGUGGCCAGUCCGCGGCCCCUAACGGCAAGUUUUCUACUUGUUUACUUUUGUUCUAUUGUUUUGAUCCCUUUUCACUCACCUGGUGUCCUAGCAGGAUCACCCUACCCUACCCCAACAGAUGUCUAUUACUGGUGCUGGUCUAGAUAGUGUAGGUUGUCAAGAUAUGGACCGACUGAUUCACCAGCUGUAGCCAUAUUUUUCAUU